AUGUCUAUCCUGGUGCGUCCGCCAAAGCGCAAACUGUACGAGACCGACCACGACGAUGGCCCGAGGAAGCACGCCGCCGGACUAGCUUCAUGGCAGAUUAUUCGAUCACAGUCUAGUUCACGAAGGUCGAGUGAACAGCCCGAUCCUCACAGCGACUCCUUCACCCGCCACACCACCCCGCGCGAACUGCACUCCAACCGCGGCUCUCCGGUUCUCUUCGACAAUGGCCCCCUCCAGACUCCCCGCAAAUUCACCCCCAAGGCAUCCGUCGUGCUCAUCGGCAUUCGCGGAACUGGAAAGUCCAGCUUAGCCGUCAUACUGGCUGCUGCGUCCGGCCGCCGCUUGAUCGAUGCCGACCGAUAUUUUCAACAGAUGGUUGGCUGCUCCCGUGCCAUGUUCAAGAAGGAUAAUGAUCACGCCGUCUAUCGCCAGCAAGAGGCUCGAGUCUUUGAGUCAAUGCUGGCCGACAAUCAAGAGGGCUGCGUGAUUGCGUGUGGUGCGGGAUCAAUGGAGCGCAGUGGGCAGCGACUGCUACGAGAAUAUGCGCAAACACACCCGGUCGUCCACAUCACCCGAGAUCCGGAAAGCGUCCAGUCAUAUCUGAAAGCGUGGGAUACACAAAAGGUUCGCCAUUUCCUAGAGCUCUCCGGGCCAAUUUACCGAGGCUGUUCGAAUCUGGAAUUCUUCAAUCUUUCGGAGGCCCCCGCCGCCACCUCUACCUCCAGCAGCGAGCAGGAGGCCAAGGACGGCCACGACCCAUCUCCCGGGCCGAAAUGGGAUCAGCGACCACAAACUGCCACUCCGUUCCUAACAUUAAAACGAGUUCAACGUGACUUCCUCAGCUUCAUCGCCUUUGUGACCGGCGAUACCACCGAAAUGAGACGCCAACAUGCUUCCUUCCCGCUCUCAUUAAUCCCCGUCGAAACGAGGCGUUACACUUCCGCAAUUUCGGUUCCAUUCUCUGCCCUCUGCGAACGAGAUUUAGACAUAGAGGACUUGGAGUUCACCGUCGAUGCCUUUGAGUUGGUCAUCGACGUCACUAGCCCCCCGGACCAAAUGGGUGCCGACUCCAACCUCGCAGAUAGCAUCAGUCAGAUGGCGGCCACGAUUCGAAGGAAUAUCAUUGUGCCUCUAGUCUACCACGUGGAAAGCUAUAUCAUACCUCGGGGGUCUUCCUCGCCCAUACCCAACUCUCGAAUCACCGAUGAAACCUAUCUCAACCUUGUCCGCCAUGGACUGCGACUUGGCCCUAGCUUUCUGACCGUCGACUUGUCCCGGGAUGAUCAUAUUCUCUCUCAAAUCAUCAGCUCAAGAGGAACCACAAAGAUCAUCGGCCAUUUCGAGGCAUACCAGCCUUUACCCGGAGGCUGGGACGGAGAUGAAUACAUGAAGGUCUACGAGCGUGCGAAGCGACUUGGGUGCAAUGUGGUGCGAUUAUGUCAACCGGCUGAGAGUAUCCAGGAUGGCGCUGCUUUGCAGCGAUUCCGACACCGGAUCGAAAGCUUUCCCGUAUCUUCCCUUCCUCUCAUCGCUUAUAACACAGGACCCUUGGGUCGCAGAUCCCGCUGCUUCAACCCUACUCUCACUCCUGUUACACACCCCUCCCUCAUUCACGAAAGCCCAACCCUUCUACGGCCGAGUAUCACCGCUCGCGAGGCCCAGCAAGCACUCUUCAGCUCCUUCACCCUAGAUCCGAUGCAAUUCUUUGUCUUCGGAGCCAAUGUCGAAUAUAGUAUGUCGCCUGCCAUGCACAACACAGCAUUCAAGAAAUGCGGCAUGCCUCACCAGUAUACCAUUUUCCAAUCAUCCACACUUCGCGGCUUGAACAACCUCGUCGAGAACCAAUUCUUUGGCGGGUCAAGUGUCAGUCUGCCUUAUAAAACCGAAGUCAUCCCUCUUCUCCACUCCAUGUCCCCACACGCACGGGCAAUUGGAGCCGUCAAUACUCUCAUCCCAAUCCGCAAUAAUGAUGACGCGGACCCUCAUCUCUCCCACGAAUCCUCUAUCUACAUCGAGAAGUGUCGGGCCGGUCCUAUCAAGGGGAUCCACGGCGAUAACACCGAUUGGAUCGGAAUCUGCAACUGCAUUCGCAGGGGUCUUUCACCGGCCAAUGCGGUGCGCCCUACGACGACUGGACUUGUCAUCGGAUCCGGCGGUAUGGCGCGUGCCGCAGUAUACUCGUUGAUUCAUCUUGGCGUGGAGAACAUCUUUGUCUAUAACCGCACCCUUGCCAACGCAGAGAAGCUUGCCCACCACUAUAACAGGCAAGAGCUGUUCUCCAGCGAUGAGAGUCGUGCAGGGGGGCGUCCCCGAGUAAGCACACUCAGCUCAGCAAGUGACCCAUGGCCUGCGGCCUACAAACAACCGACAAUCAUUGUGUCGGGCAUCCCAGCGCAUAGCAUUGGUGGACAGCCCGCGCCAAAUUUCAACGUCCCUACUCAAUGGCUCGAAAGCCCAACGGGCGGUGUUGUAGUCGACCUGGCCUACAAACCUCUGAACACCCCCUUGAUGAAACAAAUCCGAGCCUUGUCUCAUCGGGGCUGGGUCGCACUAGACGGUCUGGACGUCCUACCCGAGCAGGGAUUCGCUCAGUUUGAGCUUUUUACGGGCCGCCGAGCACCACGCCGACUCAUGCGGACAAUCGUUCUGCAAGAAUACAAGAACGAAGAAGGACACGAUGAUCCGAGCGCAAUCCAAGACCGCCUACAACACCUCGACGGCCAACCGACCUGA